AUGGAGCAACAGUUGAUUUUAUCAGGAGGUCAAGAAAUCCAAGUGCUCGCUGCCGCUGAUAAAUUCAACAAGCAUAAUGGCGAAAGUCGACAUGAAGAAAAACGUGAAUCUGAGGUAGAAAGUCGACCGUCAACAAGUACUGAAGAUGGGAUUUCGUUACCUAUCGUAGAUGGUGUUAUCUACAACUAUAAGUAUAUAUCAAAAGUUAAAGACUUACCAGUCAAAGAUAUGAUUAGCAGUUCUUUGAAAAGGAAUACAAGAUUGCCAAAGAUUUAUUUAACUGGUCGACCUUUCGAAAUUUCAUUCCUUCUGGAUACGGAUUUCAUUCCUGAGCGAGAUCUUUGGGUGGACAAUUUAGGUUCCUGGGCUGGUACCAUACGAAGGCCAACCUGUAAGAGCAUAAGAGUUAAUGCUGCAGGUGUUCCGGAUAGCAAGCAUCCAUAUUACAUCAUAAGAAAAAAGUACGGCAGCCAUCCUCAUUCGGAUCCACCUCUUGGUUUAAUGAAAUGUUUGUGUUACUUGACCCGAGAUGGACGAGCAACAGGAAAUGCUUUGCUGUCGUACAAAUGUUUAGAGAACUGUAAUUUGCAACCACGUCCUCAUGGAAACAAUAAACAUAGCCAAAGCCCAUAUAUGAGGACCUAUCCAUCAACUUUGCUUAAGAUCAAGGAACGCAUAGGAUCACAAAGUCCAGCAGCUGUUUGGAAUGAGCUCUCGGUUGAUUCGACUGGUAAUAUGGAUGCACAAGCGACACUUCGGGAUAAGAAACAAGUCUAUAAUGCUCGGUCAAUUCGAAAGAAAUCACCAGAUCCUCAGACGCAGGAUGAUGUUAACCAUCUCAAGCUACGUGUGGCAACAUUGGAGGAGCAAAAUAGCAGGUUGAUAUUUACGAAUGCUAGUUUGAUGGAAUUAGUGAACGAUUUACGUAAAGUGAAACAGGAGCUGGAGACGGAAAAUCGUCGCAUAAAGCAGGACAGUCUUCAAGGAAGAACAAAUGGUUCAUUACUUCCCAAUCCUACAAUACUAAGUUAUCCAGGGCAGCAUGCGGAUAAGACGCGAGCUAGUAUCUAUGAAGCGGGAGCAGAAACAACAGUAAUGAUGCGUGAACGAUGUAUUGAAGAGUGUCGAAUGCAGGAACCUCCAACAAUACAAUCAACAUGCUUCGCAGCUGUUCCAGGUCACAAAUACAGACCAUAA